GUAGGAGCGCACUAAAGGGGCGACGGUCCGCUCCACUACACUGAAGUAGGGAUGUCUACAGUGGAAGAAGAAGAAGGGGGAGGGUACCACUUUGUCACAGGCUGCUAUGUAGAUUAACCUUUCAAUUAGUUGUUAUCAGGUCCUCUCCAUGUCUCGGCGCAAGCUUUCCAGCCUUCGUUUUCAGAGAUCAAAUCCCACGAAAUCGCUUCUUGGAUAUGUCGCUGCACAUCUAUCCUUCGACGUUUCCCCGAUAAUGAAGAGGAGUAUCCGAGGGGGGGAAAACUUGAAGAGGUAAACUACCAGCAAAUAUUUACCGUAGCCUGUGUGCCCUCAUUUUUUAGCCGUCUUUCGUACUUGUAAUAUGUUCAUCCUUGCAUGAAACUUGCUUGUCAAUUUUGUUGUGUCUUCUCGCUCGCUGAGGCGACGCAUUACAUAGGUAUGGUGUGUUUGUGUAACGUGAGAAAACGGCGUGAAAACCCAAGGAGGCUGUAUAUCAUUUCCUUAAUAAAAUAUGGAAAACGAGAGCGGAGAAACGGGGAGCUAAAAGAAACUGGCGAUACAUAAUUGAGAAGCAGUGAUGAAGGAGCUACUCUUCAUAGCUGCCGUGUUAACUUGUAUUCCCCGCUGGACAUGUCUUUUCUCCCCGGGCUCACUGUUUUCCCUCAUUGGAGAUAUUUGAUAGUUAAUGGUGAUAAAAGAGGUCAUGCCAUCAUCGCACAGCGCGACACAAGACGUUUAUAAUAUCGCUGGCGGACGUGGAGGGAGUAGAAAACCUACUUUUUUAGCACAGUGUCUGGUUUAUUUAACGUCACGUAGUUUAAAUGUUAAAUAUCAGGAGAAUUACGGCUCCUCUCGGGGAAAUAAUGAAAAGGGAGGAAGAUAAAGAGAGGGGGAAAGGCGAUAGCUUAGACACAUUUCGCCUGCAGGAGUCUUGAAUUAUAUGCUUCUCAGACUUGAUAUGAAAAAAUAUAUGUAAUGUGUUCCACUUUAAGUCGGCGGUAGUGCCUUUGCGGGUUUUAUGCAAAGAAAUGAUAGAUUUAACAAACAGCCAAUUAAAGUCUAAAAUGUUCCAAAUCACUUUCAAGUGUAACCAACUGUUUCAAGGAGGAAUCUAAGUAAAGGUGGCCCGGUCUUAAACGCUAUGGAAAUGAGCUUUAAUAUCGUCUCAAUUUAUCAUUACUCAGCCAGUUUAGGACUGUUUUAGCGCAUUAAUAAGUUAAUUACACCCUGUCGCUGUGUUUAGGGGUGUUAGUUUAGAUAUUACGAGUGUUAGAGGUAAAUGAUAUCAAUUCAUCACUGAAGGCACCUUAAGAGGCGGGUCAAUUGAGUGAAGUGACACAUCAUACAGCCAGUGCCGUGCCUCUUAGUGUGAGCUCAUACAUAAAGAUUGACAUGUGCUUUAUCAAACCAGAAAUCGGAUCUUGUCUUUACAGCCAAUAUUGAAGUUGCUAGGGAGGGCACAUUAGUGUAGGUAAGGUUUAAUGAGACUCCAUUGGAUUGUAAUCAGCGUCAUGUCGGAUUCAUGUAAACUACAACAUUGUAACAAAAUGGCGACUGUUUAGGUGACAUCAGUAAUGCUGGCAACACUGUCAUUUAUGCGCUCAACUCAGCGGAACACAACUCUAGGUUUGUUGCGGAGUUAUUAUCGGAUUCUUCUCUCGCUGAACGGCUCGGUGGUUAUUUCUAAACGCGUCUUAGAGGUCUAACGGCAGCUGUCAGGAAGCGAGCAUUGAUUAUACAUCUGUCAUUAACGCUCGCGCUGAUCAGUUUGUCGUUGCGGACGUCGAACUGUCAAAAGUCGCGUGCGGACAACUAACGGUUAAACUUUACAGCGCGUGAUGUGGCCCUUCAGUGUUUUUUAGUCGUUUUAUUUAUGCGUGUUUGACUUUAACACGACACGGUGACAUUUUGGAAAAGACGUGCUGCAGAAAUAAAUGUAAACUUGUACGCGGAUUUUUCAUGUCGUAGAGGGAGUCUUAAAGCGAAAAUAUGAAUCUGUCUAAAAGGGCUUUUUAUACUUUUAUUAACUCGGUUGAAGUUUUGACAUGCCUAUCAUUCUGUUCAAAGUUGAGACUAUAAAAUAUUCCCCCUUUGAAAGGGACAUCUGGUUUGGUGUGUGGAUUAUGGUGUCAGACUAUGGAUUAAGUCACUCGAAUUUCUUUAGCAGCCAUGACAGCUCCUGCAUCUGUUUUUAUCCAUCUGUUUCUCAUGUUUAAACACAUUUUAAAGUCCUGCAUUCCUAUAGUGUGGCAUAUUUAUUCAAGAAAUAACCAGGAAAUGUUGUAGGAUUUAUAAAUGUACAUGACCAAAUUCUUUUCUCUUUCUCCUUUUGUAGAUUUAAUCUGGGAUUAAAAAAAUAAACCUCCAGGUCAGCUGGUGACUACCAUUGUGGAAUUUACCCUUGCCAACUUUUCCUCAAGUUAAUGUGAGACACCAAGGAUUCAGAAGAAGUAUGUGGAUGCUGGCGUGGAACAUAACUUUUUGACCUUAUAAAGGAUGUGGAUGUACCCAGUGUUCAGAAGUCAAAAGGGGGAAUCUGUAUGGAUCACAUUUUUGUCGGUUUAAUUGUUUAACCAUGGUAAAACUUGCGAACCCUCUGUACACGGAGUGGAUUCUUGAAGCAAUACAGAAAAUCAAAAGGCAGAAGCAGAGGCCCUCAGAGGAGAGGAUCUGUCAUGCGGUGGCCACGUCGCAUGGACUGGACAAGAAGACCGUCCUUGAGCAGUUGGAAUUAAGUGUUCAUGAUGGCUCUAUUCUCAAGGUUACAAAUAAAGGGAGCGCCUCCUACAAGGACCCAGGAAAUCCCGGGAGAGUUGGAUCAAUCCCACCUGCAAACGUAUCUGUGCCAUCAAAGGAAUCUAUAUGGAAUUCAAGUGAUCUGCGCCAUAUCGAUUGGAAUAAAAUACUUAAGAGGGCCAUAGAGGGCCUGGAUGAUACCCAUGGCUCCUCGCUAAAGAACAUCGAGAGGUAUCUGAGGAACCAGGAUGACCUCUCAAAUGUGGUUGAUAACCCCGCUUUCCGGCAGAGGUUACGAUUGGCAGCCAAGCGGUCGGUUAACAAUGGGAGGUUGUUAAAAAAUGGCCCGCGGUAUAAGAUCAGCCAUGGCAGUGUGGAGGGAAGGGGCGCCAGGUGUCCAAGUGCUUCCCCCUUGGUUCUGUCAUCAGUGACUCUCCUCCCACAUGAGCGAGACCAGGUACACACACCUUGGCCUCUGUUGUUUUUUCUCCCACAGAUUUCAUCUCAUAAGUCAACAAUAUGCUGCUGUGACCCGAAAGGGACAUCCCAGUUACUAAUAUGGUGAAAUUCCUGCUUGUUAUUCAUGUGUGUUUUUGACUCAGCUCUCACAGGUUGUUAAGUUUUAUUUUUCAAGAAUACAGGAUGCUUUUGGGAUUUAAACUGUGGCAAAAUUUCCAUCGUAUCAUUACCAAGCAGAAUUGGUAAAGCUCCGGGCCACCGCUGAGCACAAAUAUGCUCAACAGAAAUUUUACGAUUGUGGUCUUAAUCUUUGGGACUCCGACUUGGCAGGUCAGCAACGACGCCAUCUAGAGUGUGUCCUUUUGGGGCUUGUGUUUCUGCUGGUCUCCAUAAUAAGAGAGCUUGGAUAAUCAGAAAGUCAUGCUGACAGUGUGUGGUAGGCAGUCUGCUGUAGGCUUCCCACAGGUUAUGUAACUCGAGCCUAAUGACCUUAAGGGAUGUGGCUGGCUGUCUUUCGAGUGGCAGAGCAUUAGUGGACAGAUUUGGGAUAUUUUGUUUGCAAUUUUAAAGGGGGGAUGGGCAUAAACUAGUCUUAACAAACAGUGCUAAGAAAUGGCAGCUGAAGUAUUUGUGGUAGGACAUGUGACCUUUGUUCCCUGCAGAGGAAAUAAAGCCAUGUAAACAAACUUCCAGGUUGCAUUGUUUCCGCUGCGCAGGAGUGGUUUAUAGUUUGCAGAGAUUGUUUUGUGCUUAGCUGAAACACACGCUGCAGAUAAAUGUCUGCAAAAUGACGGCACUUUGGUUCUUGCAAUUUUAAAACACUGCCAAACGCAGGGGAGUGUUUCAUGCAAAGUAGUUUCCAUUGUGUGGCCCUAAAGUGCACUGUACAGUCAUCUGGGUAGUUUGUUGUGAAGCUUUUUUGCACAUCAUGUGUGCAUUGAGGGUUAUCAAGAUGAAGUGCGGUCUAAUCGCUUAUGCACAAGUCAUGCAGCUGAAGUGGCGAGCAGCAUCAGGCUAUAGAGAUGUCACCCUGCUCCCCACUAGUUUCACAGUGAAUAAUCAGGAAGCAACACCUUGAUACUGCAGCCACAACUGUGACUGUGUCUGUGGUCAGGCCAAAAGUGAAACUGAGAACUGUUUAGAGACACAGUGUCCUGCAAGUGGUUCUCAUAGCUGAGGAGGGCCUGCCUGCUGUUUUCCAUUUGGAACAUUUCAGCCUAUCGCUCGCGGCCUGAUGACAUCACCUAGCCCGGUCCAGGUUUACAGAUCACUUCAAAGGAUGAGACAGCUCAGCCUGUUCAAGUUGUUCAAGCACAAGUGUGUGUGUAUGUGUGUGCUGAGAAUGAGAGAUACUUUGAGGUAAAAAAGAGCAGUCUUGGUUUAGAGUUUAUUAGACUCUAAAGACACUUUGGCAGGAACAAAGGCAAGGAAUGAGAGUUUUUUCUCCUGCUGCGUUAUGCAACCACUCCAGCUCUCUCUCUCUCUUUUCCUCUCUGUCUCUCUCUCUCUCUCUCUCUCUCUCUCUCACUCUCUACCAGCAGUUUUCUAAUAGGACCCCACCCCCUCACUCAGGACAGCCUGCUCUUUUGAAGCAGCAUAAUUUCCUGUAAUGUACUUAAUUUAGAAUCCCCAAGUAAAUCAUCAGCGUCUCUUCAGCUGUGUUUGUUUCUCUAUUUUUCACAUAUUUUGUGCUCUGCAGAUUGCAAAUUGCUGUUGGUUUUAAUCACCAGGCCUGAGAAUAUUCCUGAUGGAAAUUAAUUCUCCAGUUCCUGGAUUAGACUUCAUAGCUCAGUCAGUGGAGACUUGUGUUAUGAAGUGAAUACUUAUUAAGUAUUAAAAAAAAACAAAAAAAACUUGCAGAUCAGCUCUGAGCAUUUCCUCCGUAGUAAGCACAGGCUGCAUAUUAUCACUGAUGUCUUAUUAAUCUUAGCUCUUUACAUUAAUUUUCCUGCAUGAAUCUGUAUUAGUAUUGCAGAUAUCUUAUUUACUGUGUUAUUUGGCCCAAAAUCUGAGUAGAGGGGAAUUUGUUUACACAGAUGGAAAUGAAACAAGUGGACUUUCUGCGCACAAAUUAUUGAAAUAUCUCCAAAACAAACCCAAACAUAGAUCUUUAAAUAACUUUGGAUGGGUUAAAAGUACAGUGUGUAGAGAUGGGAUUCUUCUAGACUGAAAUGCUACCCUACUCAUUCCUCUUAUCAGUAAAGUGAUGUUGGUCUUUGAGGACAAGAAUCUCCUGUGAUGCAUGAGAUCAUGAUUGCAAUGCAUGGACUUGUGAAUAGAAAACCUGAAAAGUUGAUAUUUUGUCUAUUGUGCAGAUUUAGGCUCAUUUGAAGUCAACAAACUCCAAACUAUUGUUGUAUUCAGGUGAUUUACCACUAAUUUUAACAUAAACAUGAAUAUUUCUACCUAGUUUUUUUCCUUUAUGUUGCACACUGCCCCUUUAAAGUGUUAAUCGGUGGGUUGACUGAUUACAAAAAUGGGAUGUUAACAUUUCCUCUUCUUAACAUGCUUCUCUCCUCUGAGUGAAUGUCAAUGAACUUUGAUGACCCCUAAAUAGACAGACUCUGAGCUGUAUGUGUAUUGCAGUAUGAAUAGGAUUGGAUGUGUGCAUUUUAGACCAUCACAUAUCAUCAUCACUCUUGUUAGUCAGCUGUUCUCCUGCCCGGAUAAAAACGGAGAUAAAGUUAUAGGAAGGCCGUGUCAGAUAACCAGAACCAGUGUAGGCGUCAACCUGCAAUAUAAGCUGCACUCAUCAAACCAAUUAGACAUUGUUUACCUGCAGACUCUGCCAUCCUCUGUUAAGCCGUGUUGAACAAACUGUGCUCAAAUUUGACUUCUAAGUUUGUUCAAACCUUUAGAGUCGUCAGCUCGUCAGGAUUUAAGUUUCUGUUGAAAUAAGUUGCUGCAGAGGAUCCUGAGUUCAUAUGUCGGGCUGCAAAAGUGUUAAAAAUAUUAUUUUCAGUCUGCAAAAUAUCUGGAAAAACAAUUUUUUAUAAGUUUGAAGUGCUGCAAGUGUUGUCUUCUAUUUGGUUCUGUUGGUUUGACUCAGAGUCUGACCAAAGUCUGAUUUCGUAGUUUGAUGCUGACGUCUUUAGAGAGAGUUUUCAAAUAUGCUGGAAUGAAAAUCAGUACAAAUUAUAACUCAUUAUUUCCAAAAGGUCACAACAAGAUGCUGACUUAAAUACUGGAGGCUGUUUUUGUUCAUUUUAGGAAAAUAUACCAACACUGAUGUACCUGCAACAAGCUCAUAUCUGAUAAUCUGUCUGAUAAAAUCACCAUCCAUCGUGUGUUCAAAUCAAGACUUUAAUUUUUAAACGUUUUUAAGAAGUCAGAGCUGGAUUUUUUCCAUUGCUGAGUUAUUCAAGCACUGGUUUUUGUAUUCUAUUACUCAUCUCAGGGUUAUUUUUCUGUCAUAUUUUUCAAAUUCAUGACCAAACUGGAACCAAUUUGAGUCCAAAAACGUGACACAAUACCAAUUUCGCCUAUUUACCUCUGAGCCAGUGUUUGACAGCGUCUCUACAAGUGCGGCCUCAUCGCACAGCAGCAUUUCACUGUUUUUUUUAUCCCUACAUUCACAGCUGUGUGGAGCCGCAGACUGCUUCUAAUGCCAGAGCCUGCUCACAAAUAUUGACCUGGCAGGUUGGAAAAUAGAGUAAUCAUUGACGUGGCAGUAAACUGCUCCCCAUCACCGUAACAACUAAUUGAUACAACAGCCAGGAAGGAUGACCAAAUCCCCGCUGGAUCCCGCCCCCUCUCGUCUCCGCAGAUUCAUAGCAAUAGCAGAUACUCACGUCUUGUGUUUGUUGAUGGAUGGAAAAAAUAAACAGUUUGUCCUUUAAUUCAACUGUAGGUCAGGACUGAUAGAGAUUUGGAGGUUGCAAAUGUUGUUGAGGUCAGGAUGCUGAUGUGCGUCAUAGAAACCGGGAACUAAUUAUGGGCAUCCCCAGAGUGCCCUUCAAAGCUCCAGUCAAUCGACGAGGCCUUAGUGUGUAAACUGAUGAUGAGGUGGGUUAUUUAUGGUCACACCCAGCGAGUGUUAUUUUCCGUUAAGAACUUCCUCUUGAGCAGAGAACGAGGCAGCAGCAGUUUGUUUGAUGCUCCUCUGGAGGCUCUAUGAUCUCAUAUUUUCAGGGACGCCUUAUGAAAGCUGUAUUAUAUGUCCAUGUGAGUUUAUCUGGGGCCGUGAUUGGCUCAUUUUCCACCGGCUGUGUUUAUGAAGAGAUGACACUAACGGUUGCUCUGCGAAGGCAGCGCCGCUUCGUUCUCGGUGAUCAAUGGGAAAAUCCUCUUAAACCUUGAGCUCAUAUUUCACUUCUUCUGAACUUCCCCGUAAGCUCUUAAAUGAGUGUUUGUUCUGAGACUUGCAACAUUUACAGUGGAUCAUGGCAGUAACAAUGAGAGCAUGUUUUAUUAUCGAGGUAAUUUGAUUACAUGCUGGUUAAUCCUUUCAGACUGGAGUGCAAGCUUUAAGAAUUGGAUUAAGCCCUUAAACUAUGAUUACUAAGAUCACUUACUCAUUCAGAUGUAAUGGAUAAAGGAGGUGGAUCUCAAGCGAAGCAUAUCUCUGAGGAAGAGAUGCAUUUAUUAUUCAUAUGUAGUCUUUUUCAUUCUCUGAGCUUCAAGUUCAUGUUGCUGUUGCUAUUUCAUUUACCCACACGCUGGUUUUCAUCUUCUGGCUUUGACAAUAUGUCUGCAGUGAUCUCAAAAAUCCUCACAAGAUUAAAAAAAAAAGAUAUCAAAACAACAAACAGGCUUUCAUACACGCACAGCCUGUGCCCGUUUCUGUGUUUUUAAACAGUUUGUCUCUGUUUGUGUUCCCACCCAGCUCCGGGUCGACCCCAUCCCAAUAUGCAGUUUCUGUCUUGGAACGAAAGAGUCAAAUCGGGACAAGCGGCCAGAAGAGCUGCUGUCCUGUGCAGACUGUGGGAGCAGUGGUAAGUCGCCUUGUGUAACGCUUUCAGAUUUUGGAUGUUCUCACAAGCCACAACAUGCUGUAGUCUGGACAAAACUGAUAGGGUUGAAUUUCAACAAAGACUCGCGAGCGUCAGAGUGAAUGUAUGUGAGGAAGAGAAGACACAAGGAGAAGAAUUUUAGGACGACUCAUAACAUGUAUGUGGAAUAUUCAAACUUAAAGCUCCUGAGAGCGAGGUUUUAUCUGGUAAUAAACAAGACUGAAAAUGAAAGUGAGCUGAAGGAGACCAGCAACAAAGGACUGAUUAUUUCCACUGUGACUUGUAGGCCUGAAGCUGAUAAUAAUAAAUAAUAAUACAUUUCUUCUCUUAGCACUCAAGGUCACUUUACAGACAAAAACAGUAAAUAAAACAACAAGAUAAAAGCAAACACAGUAAAUAUGAUGCAGUGAUUGAUUUCACACUGUAGGCAAAGACUUUGUUUAGAUAUGUUCAAUAGCACUGAGUCACAGUGAGUGGUAACAUCUGAAAGUCGCUUUAAAUGGUUUAAAAACAUAUAUUCACAUCAGUAAACAUGUAGAACAAUAUCCUUCAAUCUUUUAAUUUGAAUUUUUAUGAAAUCCUUUAUUCAGACUUAAAAAUGGUGGCAUUAUUGUAAUGUUAUAAAUAGUUAUAAUGGUUGCGCAAGAACAUUAGCAAGUCAGGCUGGAUGACAUGUGCAACACCUGUCAAGAAAAUGAUGUAGUUUGCCUCGUGUUUGUCUCGAAAUUGCAUCACAUUUGUAUGAAAUCCUCCAAAUACAGGAUUUUUACAGGGUAUGCCUGCGCAUUAAUUUGGAGAUUUACUCGCAGUAACCUCGAAUGUUCGAGAUAUCAACAUUACGAGGAUGUAAAGCUGUAGGAAAGUCUUUGAUUAUAUAUAGAUUUCCGUUGUCUUUGACUACUCGGUUCCCUCUCUUAUCCCCCCGGCAGCGGAUCUCACCAUCAGUUAAACAGAUGUCACAUUCUUGCCCCACAUUUUUCACUCCCCUUUAAGGGAUUUAAUGGAAGAACAAUGUUCCAAUGGAGUGGCUGGAGGGAUCCAAAUUGCUCGCAACCCUCGGCGGGCUGAAGAAGGGCAGAUGCUCCAUAAGUGGCCGUUAGAAUCUGAAAUCACCCGAGUCAUUUUCGCUCAAUUCAUAUUCUCCUUAUAGAGCGAAGCAGCCACAGCGGAUCAAAGAUCAUCCCUUUUCCUGCCGCAGAUUGGUGGCAUUUCCUUUACUGUUCUUUUGUUCCAGAUAAAACUGCUAACCCCCCAUAAAAUUACCUCUGCCAAGGAGUCAUUUAUGUUUGAACAAUUAUUUUAAAUGCCGUAAGGAAUUGUUCUCCUGGUGACAUUUUUAUAGCUCAAAUUUGACUAAGUAGCGUCGAGGUGGUUUUCAUUAACUGCUCCUAGUGUACACAAAUUGUGCUCUCACUGUAAAACAGCUGUUUUACAACCAUGAGAGGGAGCUGGGUGAGGGAGAAGGCGAGCUUUUACAUGACUUUCAUGGAUCGGCCUCCAUUAGAAAGAGUGCUGCUACUGUUUCUGCCUCAUUAAGAUCAAAUUAUCUGUAAUUAGCGGCUCAGAUGUUUGAUCAUACUGUUUUUUAGACACAACUUGUGGCAGGGGGGGAGAAAAGUGUUGCGGACACACAGGCUCGCCAUUGUUUUUCAUGAUGUAACAUGUUAAUAUUUAACCUCGCUGCGUGGAUGAAUGGAAAGGGGGGGUCUCUAGCUUUGUGACACUGUCAACGCUCUUCAAAAUGUGAUGUGCUAAUGCGUGUUUUUCCAUUGCUUCUGAAGGGCAUCCGUCAUGUCUGAAGUUUUCCCCUGAAUUAACCUCAAAUGUGAAGAGAUUACGAUGGCAGUGUAUUGAAUGCAAAACCUGCAGCUCCUGUCGAAUACAGGGGAAAAACGCUGUGAGUAUAAUGUCCCAUACAGACCAUUUUCAGUGUUGUUAGCUCGGAGGUAGAUCUCAUUUCGUGCCUCCCUGAGGAUUUGUUGGUUUUCCCUCACAUUUGUAAAGCCUCUCUCGUGCACGAUUGGGCUCAUAUUUCUCCAAAAGAUUUUAAAUGACAGGGGGGGAGUGUUACAUGUAUGCAGCGGGGACAUCCCUUACACAUGCCUGCUGUUUCCUUUCAGGAUGAGAUGCUAUUCUGCGAUUCAUGUGAUCGGGGCUUUCACAUGGAAUGCUGCGACCCGCCGCUUUCAAGAAUGCCAAAAGGUGAGGUGUUUACACUGUCUGGCUUUCUCUCUUUCCCUCUCCGCUGUCAUUUCAAAGCCUUUUCUUCACACACGGCCGUUUGGGGCUGUCACUCAGCACACAGAGAGGCAGCGGUGGCUUAUUAGGAGCUUUGCAUGCAUAUCAAAUUAUUCCAGCAUCCCCGGGGAGAUGUGCUAUCUCUGGAUUACAGUACUGACCCUACAGCGAGGCUUGUAAUGAUGGUGCACGUACUGUAGUAGGACAUUUGGCAGGCAAUUCAUACAAGUCACAUAGCUCUGCCGAACAAGCCGACAUGAAGUCUAUUUCACUGGACAGAGAAUUGACCCAAUGUUUUUCUUAUGGAUUUUCGCUUUGUGCUGAGUAAUUGAUUGUCAUUGUGAGCCGGCGGGAUGUUCGCCAGCCCUCUGUAUUAAAGGAAAUGUUUCGAAUGAAUGUACUGUAUGUCCUCUGAAUUGAUGAACCCACCUAAACGGUCCCCUUCUCUGUGUUUGGACACCCUCCAGGAACCUGGAUCUGCCAAGUCUGCAGGCCGAAGGAGAACGGGAAGAAACUGCUGCACAAGAAAGCCGAUCAGAUCAAACGUCGAUAUGCAAAGCCAAUUGGAAGGCCCAGGAAUAAGCUCAAACAAAGAAUGUAAGCGUGCGAAAAACCCCGAAUAUUAACUGUUUCAUUUUGUCCGAAUCAGCUGCUAAAUAUGGUGGCAUUUCAAAACAAGAUAGACCUGAAUAUAACGGUGUCUGGUGCAAACAUAUAUAAAAAUAAGUAAGAGUAGAUGAACCAAGAGUGGAAUCCUCUGUAUUAAGUGAAGCGCCACAGACUUCUUUGGUUAUAAAAUGGGCUCUAGCUCACGAUUUAAUAUGUGUAAUUAGAUCUGCAAAAUCUUUCAACAGUGUUAUGAAAAGUGCUAAUUUAAAAAUUCAUAUUGACGUAUUAUAGUUUUGGAUUAAUGUGAUUAAAGUAAGUAAGGUAGAUGUAGCUUUUUGAGAUCAGCCCUGUAUAUCAGCGAUGAGGUUAUUUCUGUGCUAUACAAAAGCAGUGAAGUUAAAAGUCAGAGUGAAGUUUGAACUCGUAGAAAAAAAGUAGAAACACCCCUUUAAAUGGUAUUUUUCGUGUGUGUGUCUGCAGGUCUGUAACCAGUGGUGACGGCUCCAUGGUAGCACUUGGAGGAAGGGGGUCACCUGGUAGGGGUCAAAAGAUUACCGUCUGUCCUACACCUUCAUCUGGUCAUGCUGCAUCUGUGAAGGACGCCAGAGACAGAUUGGCUGUUGCAGACCCCUGUUGUGCGGUCGACGCCACCCAAUUCACCACCUCCACCCCCACCACCACUCCCCCCCUCACGCCCACUUCCACCCCAGCUACACUCACCGUUAACAAGAAAACCAAAGGGCUUAUCGAUGGGCUUUCCAAAUUCUUUACCCCCUCUCCCGUGGGCCGUCGCUCGCGAGCUGUCUCCGUAGACUCGCCCGCCAGUCAGUCGAGCUCUAGAGACCAGGGUGUGCCCAAACUGUCACAGCCACCAGAGCCGUUUGCCUUCGCUGCCGAUGACACUCAAAAGAUUACCCCCUCUUCCUCUGCACUUCCUCCCGCCCCUACGUUGCCAGGCCUUAGUCCCCCCUCGCAGGUGUCCAGCAGCUCCACCUCUGCUAACUCCCCCCAGAGCUCCUCCAGCCAGUCUAGCGUCCCCUCCCUGAGUAGUCUCUGCAAUAGCAGCCAACUUAAAGGACUAUUUGACGGACUCUCUCACAUUUUUACAACUCAGGGACAGUCGCGGAAAAAGAGACUACACUGCUACGCCCCCCCUAAGCGCAUGCACCAUAAGCAAGACUCCCCCCAUGCAUCCAAAAUGGGGCCCCAGCGCCUUGGGAAGAACGAGUUUCAUAGAAAUAGGUUACACUCCACGUCUGCUGGGCCAGGCCGACCCAGAGGACACCCGUUUAAGAUGGUCAGUCAUUUCAAGCGUAACCCCUUCCUUAAAAAGCACAAGAGGCUAGGCAGGCUGAGGUAUAAAGUGAGCCCUCAGAAGGGAGCCCCCUCACCAGGAAAGGGAGACUUGACAGAUGGAAGAAUUAAGCCUGAGAAUAAUCAUGGUAAGCAAGGCUUGCAACUCCAGCCAAGACCUGCGUCUCCACACCUUUAAGCUUCUUCUUUAUUUAUUUUUUUAAAAGCUUGACACUCGCAGUUUUUUUCAUUUUUUUGUAUUCCAGACUUAGAGCUAAUCUUUUCUUUGAGAGGACACCCUCAGCAUCCUAACAGACUACUAAUCUUCUGCCUAAUUUGAAUUCUUUUAGUUUCUUAACCCAGUUUCGUUGCGUUUUUUGACUUGGCUGCGGAGUUCACGUGGCUUCCAUCCUCUCGCCCGUUGGCUUUUUGUCAUAGUGCAUGGCCCACUAACUCCCUCAUGUUGCUCCUUGCUCUGUCCUUGACCCCUCUGCAGUAGUGCGCACGUUGUGAUCGCUACCCAGUAGAGGCUGUAGUCACAUCAGCGCUCUUCUUCCUCAUCCCACCCUCACCCUUGAAAUCUCUGUCUCCACUCAACCUCACUUCCAGCGGUCAUUAGACACAUACAACCCAGUGAUUCACCCACCCCAGUUGACUCAGAGCUGACAUGAUGAUUAUAGCCAGGAGAGAAGUAACCCUCACAUUUCACUGUCUUCAGGAGCCAAGUCACUGCUUAAAAAGAAAAAAAAAAUAACACGCAGCAGAAACGAACGGAUAUACGUUUCAAGCUGUUCGAAACAAUAAACUGCAUAAACACUUAUAACCCCAAAAGCACAUUUCCAUAAAUAUGUUAAUGACACAUCACGUCCAUUUGUAAUGGCUUUUUGUUUUGGUGGUUAAGUCACAAUGUUGAUGUCUUUCAUUAAAUUACUGCCUGCUUUCCAACAUCAGUUGCUUUUCAUGUCUACACUCGCUCCCUUCACUGCAUCCGAUUUCUUCAUUCAUGGGAAACUGUCUUGGUGGAUGACUAAGCACAUGAAAGCAGUUACGCAAUUAGAGUGAUUUAGUUUCACUUCAUUACAUUAGGGAUUUUCAUAUAAACAUGCAAAGAUGAUACAUUAUGAAAUUCCUCAGAGACACGGCCUCAAACGGGCUCAGCAGCAGCACUCUCAGUAUAAGUACAUUUGCAUAGAAUGCAUUUAUGAGAUUAUUCUGCCACGGCUGCUUCAAACAGGCCGAGCGUUGAUGUGCUAUCUGAUGUGUUGAUGUUGUUUUAUUGUGCCGGUAACAGGCCACAACGGGGAGCUGCGUGUGAAGCAGGAGACUCGAGUGGAAUUCGCAGCCAUGUCCAGAGACCACGUCACAGAGGAGGACAUAGAGACAUUCAUGCGUGUCCAGGAAGUGGCUGCACAGGUGAUAAAAUGUGCACACACAACAACAUGAAUUUCUGGCUCGAGUUGGCAGUUUAUGCACUCAGUUUGAACUCGAUUUUUAUUGAUUUUUUGUGAUUUUUUUUUUUCAACUUAUGCAAAGCGCUAGUCUUAGGCAGCAAAAAACCUGUACAGGUUUCCAGGAGUCCUUGAAUGAUAAGUCCUAGUGAUUCUUGCAAAUUUCCACACCGUGGUAUGAAUAAAGGUUUAUCUUAUCUUAUCUGUCAAGUUUCAGUCAGAUGACUUUGGUAUUUUAUGAAUAGCUCACAUAGACAACUGACGCAGACAGGAAAAAGGACUAGAUAACUCGAAAAUACCCACACAAUUUUCCUCUGAUGUAAGAUAGCUCUAAUUAUAGUUCAAUGAAGACAGGUUACUAAAUUUACCUCUAAGUGACAGCCAUGGAAAGCAAAGCUAUAUUGGGCCCCCAUGUGAGUGUGUAUCGAUCCAGGAUAUCAACAGGGUCUUAAAACAUCUAAGAUCCAAUAAUAUAAAUUUAAGGCCUUAAAAUGUCUAAAAUUCUCUUAAAAUCUAAUAAAAUGUCUUAAAUAUGAUUUUGAAAUGUCUUAAAAAGGCAUUAACUCUACUUACAAAUAAAUAACAUGCCAUAAGAAUAAAAAAUGUUACGCCUUAAAACGUCUAAAAUUCAAUAAUAUGAGUUUAAGGCCUUAAAAUGUCUAAAACUCUCUUAAAAUCUAAUAAAAUGUCUUAAAUAUGAUUUUGAAAUGUCUUAAAAAUGUAUUAAUUCUACUUAUAAAUAAAUCACAUGCUAUGAGAAUAAAGAUUGAUUUGAAGUAAUGUAAAAUGUUCAGAUUUCCCUUUAUGUUAUUUGUACUUUUAUGCUAGUAUGGAUGUUAAAUUAGUCUUAAAUUGUAUUCAUGGUCUUUAAAAAGUCUUGAAAAGUCUUAAACUUGACUUGUUGAAACCUGCAGAGACCCUGUGAUCCCACUGAUCCUGUAGUGAAUAUGUCAUCCUCUCAUAAGCAGCUAGUUGAGCCAGAGUUGUAGCCCCACUCUUCACAAAGAGGCGGAUCCCUUGUCCUCCAGUGUCUCACAAAUUUUUAUUCAAAUGACGACAUUUAACCUGCGACAGUUUUAGAGUCUCAGAGUAUUGUUAUUUUGAACUUUGUACCACCAACAUGGACGCUUGAGUAAGUCCUGGAGUAGCUUUGCAGUUUGAUGCUUUAAGCCUGUAUGUGGGUUGCAGAAAGUUGGUCGCUCGUUGACGUGUUUAUCGCGUCACCAGUAUCACUUUGAGUCCUUGUGGCCGACAUCACUGUACUCGCCUUUUUAAUCAUACUUCCUCAUUUGUUCAGCGCUCUAGAGACCAGUAAGUUCGCAUUAACUUCUUGUUACUCUCCAGCAAAAUCAGACAAGUGAGUGCCAUGUGACACCGGCAAGCUCUGUGUAGUGCACCAUGGGUAAUGCAUUUAAAGUGCUAUUAUGAUUCGCACAGAGAUAUAGGAAAGAGUACAAGCAGCUGGCAAGAGGCUUCAAUAGCCCAGAAAGUCCCAAUAUGCCAAAGGGCUGAAUGAAGAAGUAAGUGGAGGUCCUGCAUAUCAGAGCAUACCAACCCACUUGGAGUUCACAUUAAAUCUCAAUUAAAAGUAUUACCUUCAUUUUCAAGUGUUUAACUCUAUUGAGCUAAUUUGAGCUCUUUUUAAUUGAUUAUUUUGGCAAGGCUAUGUCCAGAGAUGAUAGUAUAAAAGUGUACCCAUCAGCAGGGACUUCAAUAUUCAACAUAAUCACUUUAGAGUGCUCUGCUGUCAUAUUUUUAUCACCUUUUGUGUCUUUUAAUAGACUGAAUAAUCUGGGCCACCAUAUUUAUCCAUUUGCUUUUAUAUGAUCUUUUCACAGAGAACCGGAUCUCUGAUGAAUACAGACUCCAUGCGAUGCCCUGCUGUCAUUGAAUUCGGGAAGUACGAGAUUCAGACCUGGUACUCGUCGCCUUACCCACCUGAAUAUUCAAGGUAAUGCUCCUUUUUAAAUAAAUCCUGCCCUUUGUUGCAGGACUCUCAUUUUAUUUCAAUAUCCUUUUUUAAAAACAGCCUCAUGCUAACGCACAAACCCUGUCUCUCUCUUUUGUCUUGGUUAGAUUACAAAAGCUUUAUCUGUGCGAGUUCUGUCUGAAGUACAUGAGAAGCAAAGACAUCCUCCAGAGACACACAAAGAAGUGUGGCUGGUUCCACCCGCCAGCCAAUGAAAUCUACAGAAAGGACGACCUAUCCGUAUUUGAGGUCAGCUUCCCUUUACAGCAAUAAAGCAAUAACUGUAUGCUGCAUGAGAUUCCACUGAAUGGGUUCUGGGAAGAGGUGGGAGAGAGAAAAAAUGGAAGCUGUUUGAGCACUGUCCCUUUUGCUCUUUUUUAUUCCGUGUUUAGGUUGAUGGAAAUGUCAGCAAACUAUUCUGCCAAAACCUCUGCCUGUUAGCCAAGCUUUUCCUGGAUCACAAGACCUUGUAUUAUGAUGUGGAGCCUUUCCUCUUCUACAUACUUACAAAGAAUGAUGAGAAAGGCUGUCAUCUUGUGGGCUAUUUCUCCAAGGUAAGAAUUACACAGCGAAUAAAUAGGAAAUGAAGGAAAACCGCACAUCAUUUUCUUAAAACCAUGCCGAUACAGUAAACCCGUGUUUGUAACUUCUGUUUAACUUAUUCUCUGUGGUGCUUAAGUGAUCACGAAACGAAAUCGAUUAGUCAAGCAAAAGAGGCAAAAAAUUUGUUGGCUCAGGCUACACGAAUGUGGUGAACCAGCUUUUUUAUAUUACGGAGAAUGAGUUUUCUGAAGAAUAUGGAGAUUAAAACUGCAGUUUCACAAAUUAUCAAACAAUUGAGAUGUUCCUUUAAUAGUGCCAUAGGGGGAAAUUCCUUUUUUUUUAAGAUAAGGUAUAUAUAUAUAUAAAAUAGGGGUGGGAGAAAAAAUCGAUUCACAUAAGUAUCACGAUUUUUUGUUUUACAAUUUUUUAUCGAUUUUUAUGUUCAAAAAACAAAUUUUUCUUUUUUCAAAUUUAAGAAUACAUUUUAAGAAAUAGUCAGUAGGCAAUAGUAGUAGUAGUAGUAGCAGUCGUUUAUUCAGUCAUGACGACACCAAAUGAUGUACACAAUAUUGACAUUUUACACAAAAUCACUAAAUCAAGAAUCAUGUGUUGAAUAUUGACUGAUAAGGCAAAGGCAGAAGCAGACUGCUUAUAAAAGUCUAUCCUGUGUUGUCAACUUUUUAGGCUACCGACCUCCAGAAAAGCAAAGAAACCAAAACAACAGAUAAUUAUUCGCACUUAAAAGCGUCAAAAUUAGCUUUACAAACCAUUUUCUUAAAAACCAAAAAAGAAUGACGAUUUUAGAUUUAUGUUGGCAUCAUUCCAGAAUUUAACUCCAGUAAUGGAGACACAUCUCCUUUUCAUACCUUUUUUAGCUUUUUGUACAGUAAAUAAUCAUUCAACUGUUUCACUGGUGUUAAAAAUGCAGACUGAAUGUCGAGAAAAUAUCGUAGAGUCGCAAUUUAAAUCGAAUUGGCAUCCAAAAAAUCGUAGAAGAAUCAAUCCGGGAGAAAAGCAUAUCGUCCCUGCCCUAAAAUAUAAGGUAUAUAAUAAAAAUGAUGUAUCUUAACAAUAAUAAUAAUAUAAUAAUCAAAAUGUUAAGUACGAUACAAUAAUAUGAUUCGAGUGUAAGCACAACAUCCUGUAUGUGAAGCAGACAUGAAGAAGAAAAAAUGGUUGACCCAAAAACGCCAAUUAAGUUUUGAAUUUUUGGAUAACACCAGGGGUGGCCAAUCGACUUCAAGGGUGGGCCGGGCCACCCCUGGCUGAUCACAUGCCUGCCCCUGUAUGGAGGCUAAAUUCCUCACAGCAGCGGUCACCGGUUCAAAUCUCAGCCUUGACCCUUUGCCUCAUGUCACCCCCUCCCCUCUACUCCUCCACACAGCCUCUCUUUAACCGUCCUGUCCAUUAAAAGACAAAUCCCCCCACCCCAGUGGGUCAGUCAGUUUAACUCGCUGCCAAACCCACCAAGAAAACGAUUAGGAUUUGUUUGAGUCAUAACUCAGAACAGACUCAUAGUUUUUAGUGAAGCUCAUCACUCUGUCUGCCCAGGCGUGCGCGUCUGCACGUGCACGUCUGCAGACAAGGACAAUGGCAGGUGCAGUAAAUUGCCAGCUUCAGCAGAGCUCUGACAUACUUGAUCUGUUUCUCCUUCCCUCAGGAAAAGCUUUGCCAGCAGAAGUACAAUGUCUCCUGCAUAAUGAUCAUGCCUCAGUACCAAAGGCAAGGAUUUGGAAGGUUCCUUAUUGAUUUCAGUAAGUUCUUUUAAUGCUUUUUAGACCACUACACUAAGGUAUUUUGAUUCUUUCUCGUUGGGCUUUACAAACACUUUCAGAUUAAGGGCUGAUUUUGUAGCUUGUGGCAAGGUGCUGUUAUUUGGUUAAGGCUUUGAAGGAGCCCUAAUCAAGAGCAUUCACGUACAGUGCUUAGACAAUCAUAGAAGAUUAGGAGUUAGAAACAUUUUGUUCUCGCUGCAUACAUUAUCGGACGGCCAGGAGUACUCUCCUAAUCACUGCUGGAAGAAAAAGCCUUCUUUCUGUCUCCUUGACUCGCGAGCAGGUGUAGAAGCUGCUUUUAUGUUUUAGUCCAGUAAAUGCAGCACAUACAAUAUUUAAAGCCUUGCGGUCCACAUAUGAAAACAGUUGCUGCCUUGAGUGGAUUUCUGUGUUUAGGCAGGCAGUUUUUCUCUGUCGUUAUAGGCGUUUUAUUGUUUUCAGGAGUUGUCUCUUUGCCGAGUUUGUGUGCGAUGAAGAGAAGGGAGAAAAAAAAAGGGGAGCGAGCGCAGGGUGGGCGGGCGGUAAUGGAGCAUUUGAUUUCCUGUUCACUUUGGGAGCCAUUGAGACACAGAGAUGCAAGAGGAUCUGUGAUAUUGAGAGUGUGCUGAUAACAAAGACAGGGAUUAAGGGAGAUUGAACACAGCUGAGUCCUGAGCUCUUUGAAGGCUUUAUUGGAAAAUGUAGCUUUGGAGCUGGAAGUUGUUUAGAUUAAGAUUUUCUGUUAUAUUGGAUUGUAUUAGAGGAACAGUUUGUCUCAGGUAGCUCUGCGAGAGGAGCUCCAGCGAGCGGGUGAAAAACGCUCUCUUUCAUAUCAUUAACCGAAGGACUCCGAGUGGCUCUUUUGUAUCAGCGUAUUAAUGAUAAUAUACUUGUUAAAUGACACUGAAUGAAAAAUGACGUUUUUUUAAUUAAAUAUUUGAAUAUUCAUCGCUAAGUGUUUGUUAUCACAGCCACUUCUUCCUAGCUUUAGUAAUGAAUAUUGUCAUGAUUACUGGAAUAUUAUGUGUUCACUGUUUGGUGAUUAGAUUUGCUUGUUUGGUUCUCGGUAGUGGGUGCACAUUAAAAGCCAUUAAUUAAUUUCAUGCGGCUCAUAAUGGAUGACCCUUGACAGGGCCGCUAUAAAACUAAUUACUCACAGAUACAUAUUAGUAUUGGGUUUUUUCUUGUUCGUUAUCUCCCCUAAGUGCAGUCUCUUGUGAGCAAUGACAUCCAGCUGCUUCUCUGUUGCGCUCUGUCGCUUUGUUUCCUCUUUACUCCCCUCUUUCAGCCUCCCUUUGUCGCCCUUGCCAGCUUGUAUGAUAGUGUCUGACAGAGGUUGAAGGAGAGGAAAACUGAUUGCUUUGCCGCUCUUUAUACUAUUUGAAGGUGAAAUCCCAACCAGGGUUUGGUGUCACAUCCUUACAUGAAUAUGUAAUCUGUGAGGGAGGGGGGGGUGUAGGGAUUGAAAUGCAAUCUGAAAUCACCCAGCAGCAGCCUCCAGCUUGACUAAAGCAUUUUGUUUUUGUUUGAAUCUUGUCUUUUUAGGUUACCUUCUCACCAGGCAAGAAGGACAAGCCGGCUCCCCGGAGAAGCCGCUGUCAGAUCUGGGUCGCUUAUCCUACCUGGCAUAUUGGAAAAGUGUCAUACUGGAGUACCUUUAUAAGCACCCGGAUAAACACAUCAGUGUUAAAGGAAUAAGCAGGGCCACUGGGAUGUGUCCGCACGACAUCGCCGCUACUCUCCAGCAGCUUGGCAUGAUUGACAGACAGGAUGGCAGGUCAGUUUCCGUGGCGCAGUCUCCUUCAGCCUGUGCCGCCGCUUCUGCACGCUGUCUGACUUAUCCAGGCCAGCGGGUAUUUUUAACAGCAUAUCCAUUAAUGCCGCUGAAUAUUGACAGAAGUAAGUCAGGUUAAGCACCCCCAAGGACAUGGAGCACCUGCUGUCUCUGAAAGCUCGUCUUUGUGCUCAAAUUUAACCACACAUCACCUUCUGUCUACCGUCUACCGUGCAAUCUUUACUGGACAUGAACUCAUGGGUUUUUCUCUCUGUGACCUAGGAUUGUGCUGAUCAGAAGAGAGCGAUUGAUUCAGAGGCACAUGGACAGCCUGAGGGCUAACCCACGGCAGAACGAGGUGGACCCCGACGCCCUGCGCUGGACGCCGUCCACCACUCACAAUGCAGUCCUGUCUGAGGAGGAGAGGGAGGCAGAGAUGGAUGUAGGUUGAAUCAGGAGACACUAGUUGUUUGUUUACACUUGCCUACAAUGCUAUUACUGGAUGUUUGUUUGAUUAGCUGGAGAGUUCAAACGGAGGCCAUUACCAGGAAAAGCAUUCUCUCUGUCAGCAGGCACUUAAUGUUGUGCAAAAUUGCCCUAAAUCAGUUCACUACAUAAUUGAUAGCGCUGAAUAUUCCAUGAAAUGCGAUCCUUCCACGGUUGCUUAACGAAAAUGUUUCCUCCAUGACGGGCAGACGUCCAAUCGCGACGCUUCUUUUAUUAUCAGGAGGAACCUGCAGCGAUUCAUUUGUCAUGAUGUUAAUUCCAAUCCCUUGUUUUCCCAUUAGCCUCAUUGCUCAGAUGUUGGAGCCGUGCGUGCGUGCGUGCGCCUCUCCCAGAGAUAAUGCGUCUUGUCUGUUUAAUUACCAGGCUGAGCGGCUGAAGGAGCAGGCCAGUUGCUGGGAGAAGGAGGAGAGAGAGGGCUUCAUGAUGACUCACGGCGGCAGGCAGCCUCUCACUAAAGUCCACUGUAAAGUCCCCUUCCGGACUUACGAACGGCGCCCCGCGCUCUCCUGGACCAGACGCAUCCAGCAGAAGCAGGAAGUGAGCGACGAGGAUGAGGACGCCGAUGAUGACGACGACGAUGAUGACUCCGACGGCUCCGACGGCUCACCACCCAUCCUGACAAAAGCCCAUGCGAUGCUGGCAGCCAAGAGAAAGGUGACUUUUCCUGUUUGUGGAUGUGAAUCAUGUUCUUGUGCAUCACCUCCAGUCAGCUGUUCUCCCUCGUGGGUUAAUCUUAUUUAUUAUGUGGAAUUUUAUUAUAGAACAAAGUGGGGUUGAAUGUAUAUCAUUAGAUAUUUUCCUUCAUUAGGGACCAUGUUGUGUACUCUGGUGAGAUGGAAAGGUUCGAUAAAUAUUCAUGAAUUCACUGAAGGGUUCAGUGGCUUCCUCCUGUCAUCUGGAGCCUCCCUGUGUGCCUGCAGCUGUAGAUAAUAGAUUGUGUUUUCACUGCUGGUGUCGAGGCUGUGCAGCCUAAACCUUGUACUAUUGUCAAUGGUCAUGGUUAAUUUACUGCCCUCCUCGGUGCCUCUCACAUCUUUUCCGUCUAUAUGGCACUGCCCCCUUGUGCUGGAGAUAAUAUUACAGCCGGCUGCAUGAUGUCAGGGGGACCUUUUCUCAACAAAAACAGCGUAGAAACCAGGAGAGAACGACACUGGCUGUUAGAGUUUAUUUAGUGCAUUAGUUACAGUAUUGAUUUCACAUUCCUCUUGUGGAGGAUUUCGGAGAGGAGAGCGGUUGAGUCGAAGGCAGCCGGUGGGAAACAACUGGAGUAUGUAAAAUAUAGACUGUGGUUUCUGCUUACUCUGCCGGUCUCAUUUGUGGUUUUCCACAGCAGGCAGCAUUGCUUAACCAUUUAGUCUCGCAUCGUGGUUUUUAACAUUUUACAUUUAGCACAAAAAACAAAAACAAAAAAAAAAAGCCUGAAUGAAUUUCUGCCGAAUUCUCGCAGAGGUCAUCCAACUGGUGCCCCAGUUUUAAGACUUUACAAAAGCCGCUCAAGGUUUGAUUCUGUUUUUUUUUUUUCAUCUGCCUCUUCUUUUAUUCGUCUUUCAGAGAACCAUCGUGCUCAAGAAGAGAGGGCGUAAGAGAAAGAGAAUAAACAGCAGUGUUACAACAGAAACCAUCUCCGAGACAACAGAGGUGCUGAACGAGCCGUUCGAUAACUCAGAGGAUGAGCGUCCUAUGCCCCUGCUGGAACGCACCUGCAGAGUGGGCGAGAUGGAGGAAGAAGAGGAGGAGGAGGAAGAACAGGAGGACAAGACACCGAUUACACCGAUGAAACGCCGAAGAGGCCGCCCGAGGCUAGAGAAGAAUGCACAGAAAGACAAUCUUGAGCACUGGAACGAAGGUAUUUGCAUCUUCUGUUGUCGUUAAACUGUUUUAUGUGAAGUUUUUUAACAUCUGGUGAAACUUUUAGAUGUUCAUGUGUCCGUAUUUCGUCCUCUAGGAGCUGACAUCCUUUCUAAGAGACCCAGCAGACCUCGUCCAGUGAAGCGGAAGAAAGGCUGGCCAAAAGGAGUGAAACGUGGCCCUCCUAAAUGGAGAUUAAAGAACGAGCGGAAAAUGGGCUUCAAGCUCAACCUCUACACCCCCCCAGAGACCCCGAUGGAGGCGGAGCAGCACCACAUUCAGACCGAAGAAGCGAAAGAAGAACCCGACCAGGACAUUGCUAGUGCAGACGAGGGCAGCAAGGCGGGCAGAGGGUCAGCGAGCCCGGAUAUGAUGCUGGACAGACUCCCCUCUGAGCCGUCAAGUCCCGCUGACCACGGCUCCCAUAAGUCGAGCUCUCCUGAGGGAUCGCCGGUGGUUUCCCCCGUCUGCUCACCUGCGUCUCCCGGCGCGGUGUCGCCCGCAAUGUGCGAGGACAGAGGAGAUUCCCCGGACCCACCUGAGGAUGACCAACAAGAGAGCGAACACGGGCAGGACUCUCCGGCCAAAGAUGUGGAGCACAUAACAGAGGGCGCCGUAUCGCUGGAGAAUGACAAUGAGGAAGAAGAGGACGAGGAGGAGCAGAGAACCCGAAUGGAGGAUCAGGAUGCGGAUGACGAGGAUGACAGCCACGGCAAGACAGCGGAACCUGAGAGCAGCAAAGCGGAGCUGGAAGAGAGCUUGAAAGAAACGCCUGAAUGCACUCCACCUUUUUUAGAUCCAAAAGAAGACAACGACUCGGAGUUGAGUCAGCAGGUUUCUACUGUACCGAGUAGUGAAGAGGACCCAGCCGCUGCUGCAGAUGGCAACCAGGAAGCAGUGACGGAAACUACAGUAGCAACACCAGCACCUGAAGCAGUAGCAGUGGCGUCAGUAGCAGCUGCAGACUCUGAUAACCCUGCAGACUCUGAGUCAGAGGAAGAGAGCACGCCCAGUCCUCGUCCAGACCCCCCACCUCCUCCGCCCACAGAGAGGCCACUCAGUCCUGUGCUACGGGAGAAUCCCCCGAUCUGCGCGGAGAUUGACUCAGAAACAGCCCAAGCUGUUCAGUCCCUGACGCAAGAGACGGAGCAGGAGAAUGUGUUCCAGGACUGCGUGGAGAGCCAGGAGCCCUGCAGGAGCCUGCAGACCUUCACCCAUGUGCCCCAAAGCCCCCAACUCACUGCCCUGGAUGACUGCCCGCAGUCAGACCACAGCAGUCCCCUCUCCUCUGCACAGUCCCACCCCAGCCAGUCAGUACGCUCCGUCAACAGCCCGGCGGUCUCCAUCCUGGAGAGCGGCUACACUCAGAUCAGCCCCGACCACAGCGCCAUCUCAGUGCCCUCGCUCCACAACAUGGAGACCAGCCCCAUGAUGGACGUGCCGUCGGUGUCGGAUCACUCUCAGCAGGUGGUGGACAGCGGCUUCAGUGAUCUGGGGAGCAUCGAGAGCACCACUGAGAACUACGAGAACCCGAGCAGCUAUGACUCCACCAUGGGGGGCAGCAUCUGUGGGGCAGGCCCCACCCAGAACAGCUGCUCGUACAGCAGCAUCCCCCCCAGCGGCUUGGCCCAGAGCAGCUGCGCCGUGAGCCAGCAAAUGGCCGCCGUCAACCCCGGCAGCUGCGGCAUGAUUCAGCCAAACAGCCUGAGCUCGCCGCCGCACUGCAACGUCAAGUCGCCGCAGGGCUGCGUGGUGGUGGAGCGGCCUCCCAGCAACAGCCAGCACAGUCAACACAGUCAGCGCAGCCAACACACCCAACACUCUCAACACAGUCAGCAUAGCUCCCACAGCAGGCAUGGCCCCCACAAUCAGCACAGCCAACACAAUCAGCACGGUCCACACAAUCAGCUAAGCCAGCACAGUCAACACAAUCCCCACAACCAGCAUAGUCACCACCACAAUCACCACCUGCAGCACAAUCAGCUCAGCCAGCACAAUCAGCACGCUCAGCACAGCCUUCACAAUCAACACAGUCAGCACAGCCAGCAGCAGCCCAUGGCGCAGUGUGCCAUCCCCACCAACUUCACCACCACCAUGCAGCUGGCAGACAUCCCCGAGUCUGGCAAUCCAAACUUCGCCCUCUACGAGAGGAUCAACCACCAGGGGGAGUACGGCAGCGGGCACUACUCCCAGUCGUCCGGCCUCAGUUUGGCCAAACUGCAGCAGUUCACCAACACGUUCAUCGACCACCCUCACUCGCUGCCUUUCAACCACUCGGCCUCACACCCCAUCACAUCGUAUGCAAACACGCCCUCGCUCUCAUCGCAGCACUCCAGUCUGGUCUCUUUGUCCCAGACAUCGCAUCGAGUCCCCAACCCGCAGGUGCAGGCCACCAUGACCCCGCCGCCUAAUCUCAGCUCCCCGCCUCCCAUGGUGCUCCAGCGUAACAUGGGCAUCCCGCCCUCGCAACGUAUUCAGCCCCAAAUGGCCUCUAAGAGUCACAUCUCAGCACGCUCCAAGUCUGCCCCGCUGUCUCACCACCAGCAGCAGAUGUACCCUCGGCCGCCACAGACUGUGGCCAUGCAGGCGCCGUCCAGGACGCUGGCCGCCAUGCCACGCAUGAACAUGGGCAUGAACAUCAUGCCGGCGCCGGCCUACAACGUCAACUCCAUGAACAUGCCCUCCCUCAAUGCCAUGAACGGCUACAGCAUGAGCCAGCCCAUGAUGAACAGCGGCUACCAUGGCAACCAUGCCUACAUGAACCAGUCACCCCAGUACUCUAUGCAGAUGGGCAUGAUGGGAACACAGCCAUACCCCCAGCAGCCCAUGCAGGCUCCACCACAUGGCAACAUGGUGUACACUCCAGCUGGUCACCAUGGUUACAUGAACACAGGCAUGUCCAAGCAGUCCCUUAAAGGGCCUUUCAUCAGGCGGUAACUCUCCGCAGGACUGAGCUGUUUUUUUUUUUCUUUUUUUCUUUUUUUUUUUUUUUUCUCUCGUGUGCAUUUUGCUGUUUAAAGAUGCACUGAUCUGGCCUUUUGUUGUUUGGGUGUCUUCUCGUUCUUGUUUAUGACUUAAAAACCAGCAGCACUUGGAAAGAAUGCAAAAAUUUUCAUCAACGAGUAAACUUUGAAGCUAUCGUUAAAAAGUAUUUUUGUUUCUCCAAAUGGGAAGCCUUACAUCAUUACGAUGAAAAUCUAUUUAAUUAGUGUUAGUGUCUCUGAUGUGUCUUUAGAGCGGGCGGGUUCAGAGCUCAGAGGUAGAGAUUUCAUCAGUGGUCUUGCAGUCGUGUAGCAGCCUCAAAUGAAGCCAUUUAAUGUGCCUGCUACAAGAGGAGUUAGUGGCUGUUUGAACCUGUUCAGUGUACCUGUCUAACAGUGCUGACAAUUAGUUUGUACUAUACUCAUGCCUUUGUAUAUUUAAAUUAUUGUACUUAUUUUGUAAAGUGACAACUAGCAUGCUUCAGUCUCUGUUAGUGACAGUGCAUUGAGUAGUACUGUACAAGUGUUGUGCUUAAUAGCAAGCCAUUUUAAAGAUAUCUGGCCUUUAUUAGGUUUCCCUCUAAAGGGAGAAAGAUGAAACUAUAUUUUGUUAAUUCUAAUAAUGUAAAAAAAUGUAAACUUAGUCCUGUUUUCUGUUUGGUUUGAGAGGUUUUAUUGCUAUGUAUGUAUAAAUCUGAAGUCUUUUGUAACAGAUCUCCUUGAGGCAGCUUUCUGUUCAAUAAAGCAGACUGAUUUCUGUCGAAAUAACAAAGCAUAUCUCAGUGUUUGUACCCUGAAAAUUCUAAAACAUUUCAAAAUGUCCAGAAGUGUGGCAGAAUUUAAAAGAACUAAAUGAUUAUAUUGACGAAUAACAAUAAAGAAGAUAUAAAUUUAGUCCAAAGUUGAUAUUUUACAUAAUGCCUUUAAAGCUACGUUUUCAUUCCAUCUGUAGAUUUGUUUUCUAUCUUUAUAAAAUGUUGGAUUUAUAUUUUACCGAAAUGUAGAAGAAUAGAGCCUGUGAAUAGACCAAACUAAGCUAAUGGAUUGCAUGUAAAACGCAACUUGUACUUGUGUUUUUGUUUAUAUUGCUCUUUUGUAGCCUUUGUACCUGUACAGAGUUGCUGGUAAGAACAGGGGGGAAAUACCUGGCUAUGUGCACAAAAAUCAGACAGAAUGACAUUCUUGUAUUUAUGACUUUUCUCCUUUUGUCAGUUACUUAAAAUGCUGUACAUUUUAGCAUAAGAAUAAAUUAUGAUUGACCAUGUACUGAA